AUGUUUGACAACUCUCACUACCCCUUCAACUGCUUCAACUAUGAUGGAGACGGAUACCCUUCAUCCAGCACGGACGAGGAGAAGAAGAUGUGCAGACCUGCAUACAGCUACAUAGCUCUGAUCGCCAUGGCGAUCCAGCAGAGCCCCGAUCAGCGUGUCACUCUGUCAGGAAUCUAUGAGUUCAUCAUGAAGAGGUUUCCUUAUUAUCGCUCCAACCAGAGAGCCUGGCAGAACUCCAUCAGACACAACCUGUCGCUCAACAGCUGCUUCAUCAAGGUUCCUCGGACAGAAGGAAACGAGAAGGGAAAAGGAAACUUCUGGACUUUUGCCACCGGUUGUGAAUCGAUGCUCGACCUCUUUGAAAAUGGAAACUUCCGGCGUCGGCGCCGCAGGAGGAACAUGAAAAUCGGUUUCCGGGACACAGGAGAAACACAUUUCCACCCUUUGGAGAGCCGGACCAAUCAGCACGCACCUGCAGCUCGGUGCCCCGGACCUGACUCCGUCCUCUGCCCUGUGACCCCCGAGAGGCCGAGGCCGGGGCCGCAGCAGGACCAGCUGAACCUGAACCCCACCCAGCCGGGGAAACCUGAGUCAGAGAUCAAGUUUAGUAUUGACUACAUCCUGUCGACUCCAGAUCCCCCGCUGCUCAGAUCCUCCCACAGCGCCAUUCACAUGGCAAACACAGGGCCACCGGUACACGUUCUGGAGCCUCAGCAUCUGAACCUGCACUUCUGGACUCUGUGAGAGGAGAGGAAGUCAAAAACUGAACUCAUCCUUCAUUAUCAGCGAGUUUAAACCUGGGAGGUACUGAGACGAAGACUUGAGAGAAAACCCAGAUGAGGAAUCUAACUUAAAAAUGAAAGGGAAGAACAAAGUGUACAGGUACGGUCUGUGAGAGAGGACAAACAUCUUUAAAAGAAACAUUUUACUGUUUAAGAUUUAAGGAUAAAAUGUGAAUAACACAAAACAACAGUAAAUAUUCAUAUCGUCAUUGUACUGU